AUGGAGAAGAGUUACAUGUCCAUGUUCCUGCUGCUCAUUGCCAUCUCCUGUGCUCUGGCAAAGGAUGUGGGCAAGAAAGACACAAAGGAGACUACUGCUAAACCCAAACUGCCUCAGACACUCUCCAGAGGCUGGGGAGACCAGCUCAUCUGGACGCAGACGUACGAGGAGGCGCUGUUCCGCGCCAAGAACAGCAACAAACCCCUGAUGAUUAUCCACCACCUGGAGGAGUGCCCGCAUAGCCAAGCCCUCAAGAAGGUCUUUGCUGAACAUAAAGAGAUACAGAAAUUGGCUGAAAAAUUCAUUCUUCUGAACCUUGUGUAUGAAACCACAGACAAGAAUCUCUCACCUGAUGGCCAGUAUGUCCCUCGGAUAUUAUUCAUAGAUCCUUCCCUGACUGUGAGAGCAGAUAUUACUGGAAGAUACUCAAACCGUCUCUAUGCAUAUGAGCCCUCUGACAUUUCACUGCUGUAUUCAAAUAUGCAGAAAGCACUGAAGCUCCUGAAGACUGAACUGUAAGGGAAAGAAGGAAGCCCUUAAAUACUAUGAAGUCUGAUCUUACAUCUCUUCUCUACUCAUUGAAACUGGUGAAGAGACUAUUUAGAGUGAUAUUUAGUGAUGCGUAGUGCUGGUUUAUAUAUAUAAGCACUACAGUUUUACGUUAGCACUUUUGUAC